AAUAUUUUGAAAACCGUUUUAUUUAUCAUUUAAUAAUAAUGGAAAAAAUUUCUUUGGAAGCUUUGAUGGACACACCGCUGAAAAAUACUGUAUUGGCGCUAAGAAAUCGCCGAACAGCAAUUAGUCACCAUCAACAUCUGAAUAAAAAGGCGAUAGAUAAAAUGUUUCCAAGGAUACCCUGUCAACUUGAUGGUUGCCUUGUCGAAUUAUCGAGGACCAGUUCCUUAGUUCAACACCUAAAAAAACAGCAUCGCAAUUUUUGCCAACAUUUUUUUGCGAAAGCUUCGUCAUCGACAAAUAUUUCUGUCCAGCCACAAUUGAUUGUAACAACAGUAGAGGGUCAAGAAGAAGAAAUGGAAGUAAUUCCAACAAUAAUGAAUGACCAAGAUGGAGAAAUUGAUGAUUUACCUUCAAUAAUAAAUGACCAAGCUGACGAAAUUGAAACAAAUGACAUUGACCAAUUAACACUAUUCGAUCAAGAAAACAAUAAUGAACUGGAGAAAAUUUUUGCCGAAUUGUCAAGUAAAAAUCAUCCUUUGGCACCAAAUUCAUUUUAUAUGACCCAUGUAGCGCCAUUGGAAAACGGUAAAGAUUCAAAUGAAUACUUCUCCGUAAUUAAUUUUUUAAUUUGA